GCUGGACAGAAGGGGUCAGGUUUCUUGAAGCAGCUGGAGGUCCUGGAAGUCUGGAUCCCACCUUGAGAGCCCACAGGCAAUGUGCACCCAGGCUCCGGAGAACAGAGGUCUCUGAGCUCCCCGGUAGCUCAUCCGCACACCCCGCGCCCAGCAUCUCCAUACCCAUCAGGCAGUCUGCUCCUUCUCUGGUCCAAGAGCUUCAAGAAGAGACGAGGCACCACAUCCUCCACGUUCUUUCAGGGGCCCUGGCGACUCCUUCACUGGAACCUCUUCUGGGACAAGACGCUGCCAGCCACUGUCGCGCCCGCCCCUGUGAAGACACCGGCUUCUACCAGACGGCGCUGGGCUGACUCCCCACCAUGCCAGGCCCGCUCAGUCUCUGCCGCCUCCUUCUCCCCUGGGCCCUCACCAUCUUCCACAGAGCGCUGGGCGACCUAGCACCCCACCCUGGCCCCCACUACCUCCUGCCCCCCAUCCACGAGGUCAUUCACUCUCGUCGUGGGGCCACGGCCACGCUGCCCUGCGUCCUGGGCGCCCCGCCCCCCAGCUACAAGGUCCGCUGGAGCAAAGUGGAGCCGGGGGAGCUGCGGGAAACGCUGAUCCUCAUCACCAACGGCCUGCACGCCCGGGGCUACGGGCCCCUGGGAGGCCGCGCCCGGAUGCGGCGGGGGCAUCGGCUGGACGCCUCCCUGCUCAUCGCGGGCGUGCGCCUGGAGGACGAGGGCAGGUACCGCUGUGAACUCGUCAACGGCAUCGAGGACGAGAGCGUGGCGCUGACCCUGCGCCUGGAGGGUGUGGUGUUUCCGUACCAGCCCAGCCGCGGCCGGUACCAGUUCAAUUACUACGAGGCGAAACAGGCGUGCGAGGAGCAGGACGGGCGCCUGGCCACCUCGGCCCAGCUGUACCAGGCGUGGACGGAGGGCCUGGACUGGUGCAACGCGGGCUGGCUGCUCGAGGGCGCCGUGCGCUACCCGGUGCUCACAGCGCGCGCCCCGUGCGGUGGCCCCGGGCGGCCGGGGAUCCGCAGCUACGGGCCCCGCGACCGGAAGCGCGACCGCUACGACGCCUUCUGCUUCACUUCGGUGACUGCGGGCCGCGUGUUCUUCGUGCCCGGGCGGCUGACGCUGUCGGAAGCGCACGCGGCGUGCCGGCGGCGCGGGGCCACGGUGGCCAAGGUCGGGCACCUCUACGCCGCCUGGAAGUUCUCGGGGCUGGACCAGUGCGACGGCGGCUGGCUGGCGGACGGCAGCGUGCGCUUCCCCAUCACGUCGCCGCGGCCGCGCUGCGGGGGCCUCCCCGACCCCGGCGUGCGCAGCUUCGGCUUCCCGCGGGCGCAGCAGGCGGCCUUCGGCGCCUACUGCUACUCGGAGUAGGGUCGCCGCGGACCCCG